CGUUUGUUCCAGCGCCGCCUGUUGUGCUGGUCAGCGCGCCGGCGCCUAUGCCGCCAGUUCACCCGCCCCCCCCCCCAUGGAAGACGGGCCAGCCUCCAAGAAACUGAAGUCUGAGGACAGCCUGAUGCCCGAGGAGGAGUUCCUGCAUAGAAACAAGGGUCCGGUCACCGUCAAGGUCCAGGUGCCCAACAUGCAGGACAAGACCGAAUGGAAGCUGAACGGUCAAGUGCUGGUCUUCACCCUCCCUCUAUCGGACCAAGUCUCGGUCAUAAAAGUCAAGAUCCACGAAGCCACAGGGUUGCCUGCCGGGAAGCAGAAGCUCCAGUAUGAGGGCAUUUUCAUCAAGGACUCCAACUCCCUGGCUUACUACAACAUGACCAGCGGGUCCAUCCUCCACUUGGCCCUCAAGGAAAGAGGAGGGAGGAAGAAGUAGGUUUAGAGAGGUCCUUUGGCGACGAAGAGGUUGAGCUUUCGACCUCUUUCAGAUCCGGAGAGAGAGCCGCCAUCUUGCGCAUGCGGCCACUAUUAAGUUUGAAGCUUCGUUAUGCGCAGAUUGCGCCGUAAUGUUCGUUACACCAAUGGCGUUCCUCCAUUCCGUAUUCAUUGCUUGUUUUUUACCGUAGCUGCGUUUGGCUUGGCUUGGACCCAGUUCAAAACAUAUAGAAAGCAGUUAAGAGAAUGAUUUAAACAUUUCAGCCUUGUUACCUGUAGUAUCUUGCAAGUAAAUUUAAGUUGUGCGUAAUAAAAAU